AUGCCGUCUUCCUCGUCUACAAAACCCGACGGCCGUCGUGGCGGUGACUCGUUCUUUAUUUUGGACGAUCAGCACGUUGGAGGAAUUCCGAUUGUGCUGCUCCGCCGAGCGAGCAUUAAGGCAUGCAGCUCCCUCCUUACCAUACAUACCCAUGUUCCAAUUGCGAUGAUAAAAGAAGCUGAGCAAGAGAUCGUCGCACCUUCGAUGGCCGAUAUUCCAGGACUGUAUUCAAGCUUGCCUAAGUACACUAGCUCGAACGUUGUUGCCCUCCUGAUGACUGCGAUCAAGACCGAGACAGACCCCACAAACCAACAGAUGAUGAUGUGGAUCAUGACAGUAGCCAUUCAGCAGGAGGCUGUCUUUUGGACGAACGGCUUGGCAUCUAGCCGCAACUCACAAGUUCCGUUCACAAUCUUGUUGAUUUGCUCUAUCAUCAGCAAGUCGCAAAAGUACAAGCCACCAGUGCUGUUUACUGCGUUUGACUGCCUUCGCCAUUUGUCACUGGUUUGUGAGGAAGUUUUCUUCCAUCAUGCAAACUCGGUUGUCCACCUAGUGAAUGCGUGCUGUGACUUCAUUAGCAACAAUGCGCCGGUCCUGCGCUCGAGGGCGGCACCGUUCUAUCUGGACAGUCUCAUGGCAGCAGCAUACCACUGCAUAAUCGAAUGGAUUGUAGCAGUGCCUUUGCUGCUAAGCAAGCAACAAGUUAUUGCGAAGAUUAUCACAACUAUUGUAGAUGGUAACGAGCGAUUCCAAUCGUUGUCUCCCAACACCACAAACAUGGCGGUGCGGGAGGCUGCUCAGAAACUGGUGAACAUGCUGAUGAAACAUCACUGCUCACACACGAGUAUUGUCGGUUCCAUCGGUACGCACUACUCGGGUUUGACGGAAAAGUCUGUGCUAGCACAGUUGUGUGAUCUGAAAGACGGGUCCGACAUCCACCGUCAUUGCCGCUUCUUCUCCGUGAACAAAAAUUCCGUCUUGACGGUGAUCGAGAAAUCUGCAAAUGCGGUAGAAUCAGGCGAAGCAAUUUUAAUUAUGCGAGACUCUACCGGUCGUUAUGUCUGGCGGUCCAAGCCCCGGUACCGCGACGGCCCGCGCCUUAAGAACGUAGCUGAGUUUGAGGACUUUCAUGAAGACCCCAAUACGCGAGCGCUUAGUAACCUUGAUUGUGAUUCUGAAGCGAAUACUCACGAGAAUAGUGACGACUACGAUACUGAAAGCGACGAGGAAGAGCAUGUGGAAGACCCGCUACUUGCCGCAAUUCGUGAAACUCACGCAAAGACUCCCAUGACAAGCUGGCGCUCAUCUUUUGAAGGCGGGGCAGAGACUAGCUCGGCUUUGAUGGAAAUUUUACCGGGUGAAGGCAACACGGGGAUGAGCUCGAUUGAGAAGAAAGCUUUAGCUGGUCGUGAUGAUACCCGAAGUACUCAGGACGCUGUGUUCAUGAGUUUGCUCGUGGCGCAGAGCCAGGAGGACAAGCGUGCUUCUAAGCCAAAGGGUUCUGCGCGCGGUGUUAGGUGCUGCAAACCCACACCACCUGAGAAGGACCCUGUACUGCAGACGUGGGAAGUAUCACGGAGGAUGAUGAGUGAGCUGGGUUUUCUUUCGGUACGCAACUGGGGUUCUGUGUUCGCCAUGGAUGCAACAGUUGCGACUGAUUUCCUCCGUGACUUGGAGACGCUGGACAAACUACCGGAGCGCGAAACGUUUGAUAUUUCUAUUGCUUAUACGUUUGCUGGAACUUCUCGAGGGGGUUACGACCAAAUCCAUCUAGCCACCUCGACAGACGUACGAGCUGGUUACGUCGAUCUGUCAAAGGACUACCAGCUCUUUCUGUCGUCUCUCGGUGAACAAGUCGACGGCCACUGCCGCAAAGGAUACUGUGGCUAUGACGCUGAUUCUGCAAAGGGCCGAAUACUUCAUUACGCGCACUACAGUCACGAGGCAUGCAUCUACGUGCCUACCCUUUUGGUAGAAGGAGAGGACAGAAACAGCGACAGUGAUAACGUAUCGUCCAGGGAGCGUAUUGUGGGAUGCAGUAUUCAAGCUACCAAUGCCUACUUCAGGAGUGGUGUUGAUCAUCGAUCCACUGGCAAUGAUCUGUACUGCGUCCACGUUAGCCACGAAUCGUCACCGUUGUUCAACCAACGCGACGUGAUUGCAAACCAGGAGGACAGCUUCGUGGAUGAAGCCGAUGUUUACACUAGCCGCGUGCUUGGUCCGUUGCUGGAUGGCAUGGUAGUCAACGGUGCUUGGUUGGCCCCACUCGUCCGUCAGACGGCCAUCAACGCUUCUAUCCUUUCACGCUCUUUCCAUCGCUACCAGUACGAUAUUGGUGCUGUUUCAUCUUCCCCUGUAGGUGCCGAAGCCAAUCGCAGCAAGGUGAUUUUCUCAUUUGUGGAAAAGUACAUGCACCCGAAACUUCCUGGACCUUACCAGCAAAAGCUAAUGCACCGGGAUUUACUUUUGUGCAAUGCUGUUUCCGCCGUCUUGAUUCUGGAAUGA